AUGGACAGCAAACACACAUCGUCAUGUCAAACUGCAGAUGUACAUAGUCAUGCAUUUCCUGCUCAUGCUGCUGCCAGGGAGUGCACAGAUUUAGCAAACAGCCAUAAUUCCAUGCAGGUUCAAGGGACAAAACCUCACGAUGCAAAUUUUAGUGCAGAGUUAUGUCUACAGAAGCCUGUUCUAGGAAGAAAUAUUGACAAGCUUACUGAAUAUGUAGAUACAGAAAACAAAAAUGUAUCAUAUUGCCAUGAUGCAGUAGAAAAUACAACUAGUUGUGAUCAGUUGGUAAGUAAUAUAGGUGCUGAAAACUCAGAGUGCAAAGCUUUAAACGGUGCAAAUUCAGGAAUAUAUGUAGAUUCAGAUCGUGACAGUGCUGAAGUCGUAUCAGAAGCUGAUUCACGGCAUCCAAAAACUACAGGUAAUACAUAUUCCAGACAAGAAUCUGGUAACCAGGUGCCUUUUGGUCCGAGAUCAACUUCAUUACAAGGCAUUGAAAGUGUCGUUCCAGUCAAAGGAUUUGUCAGUGCGGCCUUAUCAGAAGCAGAUACCACAGGAGGGAAUGACACUUUUAAAUCAGGCCAGUUAACUAAUCAGCUGAUUGAAGGACCUCGUAUUACUCUACCUCCAUCUCAGUUGCCAGUGAAGCCUGCUUAUUCUAGUCCAUACACACACAACCAGAUACAGCAGAAGGCAUCGGCAGAUGCGGCCAACUUUACAUCAGUUAAGAGCACUGUUGUAACCACAGUGCCUGCCACAGGUGAACAGAUCACAGCUAAACUUUCAGAAGCUGAAGCUGCAGCAGCUGCCAGAGCGAAAGCAAAGAGAACACCAAAUGAUUUUGUCUUUGGCAAAGUUAUAGGCGAAGGUUCAUAUUCAACGGUUUACCUCGCCAAAGAAGUCAGCACUCAGAGGCAGUUUGCAAUUAAAGUCUGUGACAAGAAGCAUCUUAUCCGGGAACGGAAGACCCACUUUGUCAUGAGAGAGAAAGAGGUUCUCAUGAAACUUGACCACUCUUUCUUCAUUAAACUAGCCUAUACCUUCCAGGACUCUGAGCGACUGUAUUACGUUCUGACAUACGCUUGUCAUGGAGAGCUCCUGGGAUAUCUUCACAAGUUAUCAGCUUUUGAUGUACCUUGUACUAGGUUUUAUUCAGCAGAAAUUGUCCUUGCACUAGAGUAUUUGCAUGGCUUAGGAAUCAUUCACAGGGAUUUGAAACCAGAAAAUAUUCUGCUGAGUGAGGACAUGCAUAUCAAGAUAACAGAUUUUGGAACUUCCAAGAUUUUAUCUACAGAUUCUGAAGGAAAAGCAGAAAAUCAGGUGGAAGCUAAGAGGAAAAAUUCUUUUGUUGGGACAGCAGAAUAUGUUUCUCCAGAAGUGCUCAACAACCAGCCAGCUAACUUUGGCUCUGACUUGUGGGCGCUGGGAUGUAUCAUUUAUCAGUGUCUUUCUGGGUCUUUGCCGUUUCGAUCUGGAAAUGAAUACCAGACUUUCCAAAAGAUUGUGAAAGCAGAAUACGAAUUUCCUGAAGGAUUUAAUCCCGAUGCUAAAGAUUUGGUGCAGAAACUCUUGGUUGUGGACCCAGCUUUACGCCUUGGCAUGGCCAAACCAGAGGGGAUGAAAGCUUUAAAAAACCACAAGUUUUAUGAGGGAAUCGACUGGGAAACCCUCCCAGACAGCACCCCACCUAAACUGAUGCCAUACCUGCCUGCCACAGCCCACAACCCAGAGUUCUGGGGACAGGAACAGAGGACUGGUUUUGAUGACCAGCGGUUUGCAGAGAUUAUCACAGGACAGUGUGCAGACGGCUCAAUGUCUCCAGAACUGGAAGAAGUACCAGUUAAAGCUUUGACUCAAGCAGAAGAUGCAGAAAGAGCAGAAAAAUUAAGAAAGCAGAGACUAGAAAACCCAUUUCAUCAAUUUGUAAAAGACAACUUGAUUAUUAAACAAGGAUUUGUUGACAAGAGGAAGGGUUUGUUUGCACGCAAGCGGAUGUUGUUACUAACAGAAGGACCACAUCUGUAUUAUGUGGAUGCUCACAAUAAAGUGCUGAAGGGAGAGAUCCCAUGGUCAAAAUAUCUGCGACCAGAAGCCAAAAACUUCAAAAUAUUCUUUGUCCAUACGCCAAACCGAACGUACUAUUUAGAAAGUCGGCAGCCUGAUGCCCAAGACUGGGUGAAACAGAUCAAGGAAGUGUGGAAGCGAUAUUAUGAAAAUGUAAAAGAUAAAUGA